AUCAAUUUGACGUUAGGAUUUAGGAGGUUAAGACAAAAGUGACAGAGCCAUGACAAGUUCAAAUUCAAAAUAAAAACAUUUUUCUACAAUUUUAACAAACAAGGAUGUUUUAGCUAAAACUCAGUAGUACAGCUUCAUCAAUUCUCAAUUUUCUAAAGCAGAUGACAAAAACGAUGAUCUUGAAAAUAACAUCCAGUACGUUACGUUCAAUUUUAUUCAACUAGGUGUAACCAGUGCUUUGAAGAUGUCCCAGGGGAAACCAAUGAUCUUGGAGCUACUUGCUUCUUCCGUGAAGACGUCUGCAAAGGCUGGUCAGAUUAUUAAAGACAUUAUGAGACAAGGUGAUCUAGGUAUUGUGGAAAAGGGAAGUGAACCAAAUGACCUUCAAACUGAGGCUGAUCGAUCAGCUCAACGUUGCAUAAUUGCCUCCUUGACUAAAAAGUUUCCUAAUGUCACUAUUAUAGGUGAAGAAGGGCACUCACAUAGAAUAGAUGAUGUAAGAUAUACGAUUGAAUUAACAUUAUCGCUGCUUUAUUGGAAUUCAGUUACAACGUUCAUGAUUCUAAUGAACCCUCUACAGGGUGUUCUAAAAGUUGUGACUUUUCUUUUCAGUAAUAACUAUGCUUGAAAUGACAAAGAAGUAAAAACAUGUGGAAGAAACUACUUCAUUUGAUUAGAAAUAUAAGUAGCAAUGUGUCAUGAUAUGUUAAUACCCUGGGGGCAUGGCCACAUUUAAUAUCUCAGAUUUUCUUGGAACCCAAUAAUUUGAUUAAGAUUUGCCUAUGUAAAAAUUUGCUUUAUUUUAGACAAACUAGGUACAUGAUGUCUAAAAGGCACAUACCAGCUUGAGAACACUCAGUAUUUUAACAAAAUGUGAAAUGAAACUUUGUUUUAAGGUGGUACAGGACUGGAUUGUAAGUGAAGUUGACCAAAGUGUACUAGCAUUGGAUUGCCCUCCACAAUAUAAAGAAGUCAAUCCUCAAGAUGUUGUGGUUUGGGUUGAUCCACUAGAUGGCACUUCAGAAUAUACCCAGGGUCUCCUUGACCAUGUGACAGUUUUAAUUGGUAUAGCAGUCCAGGGUCGAGCAGUAGCAGGGGUUAUCCAUCAACCCUACUAUGGAUACAAAACUGCCCCUGAUACAUUGGGUCGUACUAUAUGGGGUUUGGUGGGAUCAGGAAUAGGGGGUAUACAGGCUCAAACACCACCAAAAGGUGAACUAAUUCUAACCACUACUAGGUCACAUAAUACUGCACUAGUGGUUGAAGCUUUGGAAGCCUUAAAACCCUCCAAGAUUGUAAGGGUAGGAGGAGCAGGCCACAAGGCCUUGCUGGUGAUUGAAGGCCUAUGCCACGCGUACGUAUUCGCAAGUAAUGGCUGCAAAAAAUGGGACACCUGUGGACCAGAAGCAGUAUUGGAGGCAGCUGGAGGGGUCUUCACUGACCUUCAUGGAAAUCACUAUAGUUACGGUAAGGACGUGGCUUAUCCUGAUGCCCAGGGGAUUUUUGCCACUGCUAAAGGUGUCGAUCACGCAGAACUUUUAAAGAAAAUUCCUCAGGCGCUUAAAGAUGCCUUUCCAUACUAAAUUUGAGCAUUAAUUAUAUUUGUAUCGUAUAUUGUACAGUAAAUAUAUGGGUUGAUACAA